CGAUACAUAUAUAAAACAACUGAACUCACUGAGUCACUAUUCUUAAGACGCCAGCUUGAAUCUGCAAGAACAUCUACUUCAAUCUUUUCAAGUUCAACAAGGAACGAAAGAGAAAUGUCUGUUCAAGAGUAUUUGGACAAGCACAUGCUCUCUCGCAAAAUCGAAGACGCCGUGAAUGCCGCCGUUAGAGCUAAAUCGCCCGAUCCCGUUCUCUUCAUCUCUAAUCACAUGCGGAAAGCAGUUCCGUCAGUGAUAACGAAGAUUAAAGCUAGGCAAGUUUUGGAUAGCCGAGGGGUUCCAACUGUUGAAGUUGAGUUGUUCACCAAUAAAGGCAUGUUUCGUGCUUCUGUUCCUAGCGCCGAUCCUUCUGGAAUGUAUGAAGCUUUUGAAUUGCGUGAUGGGGACAAGGGAACUUAUCUUGGAAAUAGUGUGAAUAGAGCUGUGAAGAACAUUAAUGAAAAAAUAUCUGAAGCGUUGAUUGGUAUGGAUCCUACACUUCAAUCUCAAAUUGAUCAAGCCAUGUUAGACUUGGACAAAACAGAGAAGAAGAGCGAACUUGGAGUCAAUGCCAUAUUAGCUGUUUCAAUUGCAGCAUGCAAAGCUGGGGCUGCUGAAAAGGAGGUUCCACUGUACAAACACAUUGCUGAUCUUUUCGGAAAAAGCAAUCUGACUCUUCCUGUCCCUGCCUUUACUGUCAUAAGUGGUGGGAAACAUGCUGGGAAUAAUCUGGCUGUUCAGGAAAUCAUGAUUCUCCCAACAGGAGCUAGUAGGUUUGAGGAGGCUCUGCAAAUGGGUUCUGAAACCUAUCAUCACUUGAAGGCUGCUAUUACAGAAAAAUAUGGUGUGCAUGGAUGUAAUGUUGGUGAGGAUGGUGGUUUUGCUCCAAACAUUUCUAACGUGAAAGAAGGAUUGGAUUUUAUUAAAGAGGCCAUCAGCAGAACAGGUUAUGGUGAGAAGAUAAAGAUAGCUAUUGAUGUUGGUGCUUCUGAUUUUUGCAAAGGUACCAAGUAUGAUUUGGACUACAAAUCUCUAAACAAGUCUGGACAAAAUUUCAAGUCAGGAGAGGAUAUGAUUGAGAUGUACAAAGAACUGUGUGCUGAGUACCCAAUUGUAUCAAUUGAAGAUCCCUUUGACAUGGAAGACUGGGAACAUACCAAGUAUAUAUCUGGUCUUGGAAUUUGUCAGGUAGUAGGAGGUGACUUGUUGAUGUCAAAUCCGAAACGUGUUGAGAGAGCAAUACAUGAUUCCACUUGCAAUGCUCUCGUUCUCAAGAUAAAUCAGAUCGGAACAGUGACAGAGGCCAUUGAAGUAGUGAAGUUGGCUAAUGAUGCUCACUGGGGAGUGGUGAUAUCUCAUAGAUCUGGGGAGAGUGAAGAUUCUUUCAUAGCUGAUUUAUCUGUCGGCCUCACAUCAGGUCAGAUCAAAGCAGGUGCUCCUUGCAGAGGAGAGCGGCUGGCUAAGUAUAACCAGUUGCUUCGUAUUGAGGAAGAGCUUGGGGAUCAAGCAGUUUAUGCUGGUGAAGAUUGGAGGCAGUCAUACUGAUUUUAUUAGGUUGUAAACCUGUAUCUUCCUUUCUGAUGUAUGAGCCUUUUAAGUAUCUUCCCAUUGUUUACAAAACUUUGAUGGUGCCAGCAUUCUUUUCUCCAUGUAAUAUCUUUCCUUUUGUUUUCCACCAUUUGAGAGGAAUAGGUAGAUACAUUGAAGAUUUUGUAACUUGAAGAGAAGAGUUACUUGACUAGAUGAGAAACAUGGAAAAUGUUCUACAAAUUCAGUGUGAAAGCUGUUUGAAUGGCUUGAUGAAAAUAGUUCAA